CCACGACAUUAUUAUCUAGUUCCUUGUCUGCGGGGUGCAUACAUGCAACGGCAAGCGAGACUCAUUCAGUAGGUCCUGCGUAUACACGAAAUGGCGUCGUCGUACUGGAACAAGGCGCUAUUAUGUGCCUUGGCGAUUCUCACCGUCCAGGAAGUUACAUGGGCAAAGAAAUGCCUCGUCGUGGCUCCAAAUAUGGUGCGGCUGGGUUCCACAGAAACGGUGGCGAUCAGCGUCGAGGGGCAGCAGCAACAUGUAGAACUUUCUCUGUUGGAGUACCCCAGCAAGAGAGUCCUCUUCACAAGGACUGAGCACGUGAACAGUAGUCAUCCGAAGAUAACACACAUAAUGGUCAAGGACACAUAUCUGCCAGAAAGUGAUCUGCUCCCUGAAGGAAAAGCAUAUGUGAUUCUCAGAGUGACCUGCACGGGUGGGGACGGCUCAACGACGAACGAGGCUCGGCUGCUGGUGAGCAGAUCGUCGGCCGAGUAUGUUUUUGUACAAACUGACAAGCCGAUCUACAGGCCGGGAAGCCAUGUUCAAAUUCGUUUCUUAUCCGUGGACGAGAACCAGAAGCCGUCGAGGAAAGAGCUGACGCUGCAAACCCUGAACCCUCAGGGAAUUAUAGUUGAACAGGAGGUCUUCCUUCCACUGCACGGUCCAAUCUUCAGUCACCAAAUGAGACUGCCUGACACGGCUACCACAGGCGAAUGGACGCUCAUCGUCAGACACGGUUACAAGGGUUCCACGAGCGUCAAUACAACUUUCAAAGUGGAGAAAUAUGUUCUGCCGAAGUUCUCCGUGGCCAUAACAGACGUCCCCGAUUAUAUAUUGAAAAGCUUCACGCUCUUCAGCUUUUCCGUCGAAGCCAAGUUCGUCAAUCAGAAGCCUGUCGAGGGAUUCGUCACAUACCGGCUUGGAACAAAGUGUGAAAUUGGCAACGUUAAAUGGAUAGCUGCCAGCGCUAUUCCAAAAUGGCUUGCUGAUGGAGUUGCACGGUUCACAAUAACCCUCAAGAACCUGAAGAGUCGCUACGGCCACACCAACCCACCGUGGGAUGCCUUGUACAGUGGACGGUUCAAGCUGGUCAUCGAGGCCACAGUCACGGAGGAAGCAACGGCAGCUCGCGAAACUUCCACUCACGACAACACGUAUUUCACCAUCAGCCCAUUCGUCAUUUCUCUCCAAAAAACUCAAAAAAGCUUCAAACCUGGAAUAAAUACGUAUGUGCUGGCUGAGGUUACAUACGUAAAUGGGGCACCAGCACGUGAUGUUGAACUAAAGUUGACGGCCAAUGCGACGAUCAAUGGCACAGUCACCACUCGAACAGACCACAGAGGUCUGGCCAGCUUCCGCAUAAGUACGUCCAUUGGCGAGAAGGCGAUCGACGUACAAGUAUUUACAUCUGCAGCGAGGUUUCAAGGAGAUCAACAGGCGAGAAGCACGCUUUCCAUACUGCCGUACUCUGAAAACACAACAACCCUCAUUGCCAUUGAAAGGAGUGACCCUAUGAGGCUGUACAAGGCUGGUGAUGUAUACGAAGCUGUAGUAUUCACGGACCCUGCGAGAGCAUUUCAACGGAUCCACUAUGCGGUGAUCUCAAAAGGACGAGUGCAUCUAGUGAAAAAGCUGCAGGAAGGAGCCAUAAUUCAACGUGCACUUCACUUCACUGUCACCGACCAGAUGACUCCAAGCUUUAGGAUUGUUGCCUACGCGACGACAAGCGAAGGAAAGCUCAUGAGCGACUCCAUCUACGUUAACACGGAACCGGCAUGCACUCGCAGCUCUAAUUUCACCAUUCACAGAAGAGCUGUACAAGGCGGGCCCGUAGAGCCAGGCUCGACAGAAACAAUUGCCGUGUCGGGAACGGCCGGCACGGCUGUCGGAUUACUAGGUGUUGACAAGGCGGUUUAUCUGCUUAGUAGGAAGGACCUCCUGACACGAGACAAGCUGUUCAAGAUGCUGGACACACGAGAUCUCGGUUGUGGUGUUGGAGGUGGAGUGAAUUCACGACAGGCACUUCUGCAGGCUGGCGUAGUACUGAUCGCUGACGGCUUCGGUAACUCCGUGAGACAAGACAGCUCCUGCCACGAAGGACACCACAGGAGAAGAAGGGAAGCCAUUGAUCUACCUCUACAUCUGUGCUGCGAACUCGGUCGCGCAAGAGGCGUCUUUGCAGCAACAUGCCAACGCAGAGUUGAUUCCUUUCGAGAUAUCUUCGACGAAGACGAUUCCAAUGGGACUGCUUGCGUUGAAGAAUUCCAGGAGUGUUGUUACCGAAAGGAAGAGAGCUCCCGCCACGAAGAUCACCACAGGAGAAGAAGGGAAGCCAUUGAUCUACCUGAAAAAUAUAAAUACAGUGAACUAGGUCUGUGCUGCGCACUCGGUCUCAGGACAUACCUCUCUGAAAGAACAUGCCAACGCAGUGUUCGUGUGUUUCGACUAUUCAUCGACGAAGACGACUGCGUUGAAGCAUUCCAGGAGUGUUGUUACGGAAGGGAAGAGAGCUCCCGCCACGAAGAUCACCACAGGAGAAGAAGGGAAGCCAUUGAUCUACCUGAAAAAUAUAAAUACAGUGAACUAGGUCUGUGCUGCGCACUCGGUCUCAGGACAUACCUCUCUGAAAGAACAUGCCAACGCAGUGUUCGUGUGUUUCGACUAUUCAUCGACGAAGACGACUGCGUUGAAGCAUUCCAGGAGUGUUGUUACGGAAGGGAAGACAGCUCCCGCCACGAAGGACACCACAGGAGAAGAAGGGAAGCCAUUGAAAGUCUACCUGAAAAAUAUAAAGACAGUGUCCUACGUCAGUGCUGCGAAUUCGGUGUCAGAAAAGACCGCUUUGGAAGAACAUGCGAACGCCGUGUUGAUGUGCUUCGAGAAUUCAUCGACGAAGACGAUUCCAAUGGGACGGCUUGCGUUGAAGCAUUCCAGGAGUGUUGUUACAGAAGGGAAGAUGAGGACGGUGAUGCCGGAGCAAGAACUACAGCCUCUGGCUUUGACCAGCUAGACGAACUUGAAAUGGGAGACUUCGGUGAAGCUGGAGUUCUUUGGCGAUCGGAUUUUAGGGAGACGUGGUUAUUUACCACAGUCAUCAUCGGAGCUGCGGGUACGACGGAGCUCUCAACUACUCUCCCAAGCAGUAUUACCACGUGGGAGCUGGCAGCCGUCAGUGUGUCUCCCGAGGGUGGUGUAUGCGUGGCACAUCCUACUGAAAUCCUUACCUUCAAAAAACUCUUCCUUGAAGUCAACCUGCCCUACUCCGUCGUCGUGAAUGAGCAAAUCGAAAUCCCCGUAACCCUCUACAACUAUGGCAGCCGUGAUGUCUAUGCAAAAGUGUUUCUGCACGGAACACGUGACAUCUGCUCAGGAGCAAAAGUAGGAGAAAAGUCUGAGCCACAGAAGCUGAUAGUACCUGCAGGUCGUGGUCGUACUGCUAUCUUUCCAGUGGUUCCCUUGGACGUUGGCGAAAGACUAAUCGAAGUCAGCGUUUUCACAAAUGAAGGUUCCGACGCUGUUCAAAAGAAGCUGCGAAUUGAGCCUCGAGGAGUGCAGAAGAAUGACAAUUUGGUCCUGCUACUCGAUCCCGCGAAUCAGCAACGGCGGACAGCGCGAAGUGCCCAGAACUCGUCGAAAGGAGGAGUGCAGUACACUGAUAUACUGAGCAGUAAAGAGGACAUGCAGAUCGUCACCAUUCGAAAGCCAAGAUCUACCAAUGCUGUCCCAGGAACGGAAAAAUGCGAACUCGGCAUUGUGGGCGACAGGAUUGGACCGGCACUGGACACUGCUAUCAACAACCCACAGGGUCUCAUCACACUACCAUCGGGAUGUGGGGAGCAAACUAUGUCGAAGUUGGCCCCCACACUGUACGUCUACGGAUAUCUUAAAGCGUCGCAUAGCAUAACGGAUGCUGUGGAGAACACAGUCCUUGAUUACAUCAGGAGAGGAUAUAACAAUAUGCUCACUUACCGGAAGCAGGACGGGUCAUUUGGAAUCUUCACGACAUCGCCGUCGAACCUAUGGUUGACUGCAUUUGCGAUUCGCAACUUCUGCGAGGCGAGGAAGUGGACUAUGAUUGAUGAAAACAUCAUCACAAGUGGCCUUCAGUACGUGCUGGGAAUGCAACAGACUGAUGGAAAAUUUGUGACAGAGAAAAACGGUCUGAAUGCCAAUACGUGGGGAGGCAUCCAAGGACCUGUACCACUAACAGCGUACGUGCUAAUAACCCUGACGGAGUGCGCAAACGACGGUGUGCAGAUGGGAAACCAAAUGACGACUGCAAGAGCCCAGGCGUCAGCAUUUCUGGAAAGCAAUCUCCGUGCAAGUACAGAUCCUUACACGCUAGCCUUAUCGGCGUACGCCCUCUCCUUAGCAAAUAGCCCAAGGAAGCAGAGUGUUCUUGGAUGGCUCAAAGGUGUUGCAAACUACAGAGAAGGUGACAACACCCGCCAUAUUAGCGCCGCCAAUACUCCACACAGCAUAGAAGCCACGUCUUAUGCUAUCAUGGCAUUUAUCAACGAGGACGAGGGCCUUCCAUACAUUAACAGCUACAUUAACUGGAUGAACCAACAGCUGCAGCCUUCAGGUGCCUUUAAAUCAACACAGGACACCGUCGUUGCUUUGCAAGCAUUGACGCGCUACGCCAUGUUUGCAAAGGAGGGAGACAUGGACCUCACAUGCGAAGUGACACUCAGCAACGCCAGGGACUUCAACACGACUGUCAGAAUCAGGAGGGACAACUCCCACAUCCUCCAAAAGGUCCCGGUCACAGGCACGUGUGAGCACAUUUUCUUGAAUGUGAAAGGGUACGGAACUGCUAACGCCUUCUUUUCCUAUUCCUACCGUGAGGAGAAAUCUGAAGACGAGCUGUGCAAGUUCGACAUCGAAAUUAAGUUUGAAGAGAAGAAAGUACACGAGAUCAUUGGUCGGGUUGUGAGAAGCGCAGAUCAGGAAGGAAAUAUCAAGAGACGGAGAGACAGAACUUAUAGCAUGGCGGUGUGUGCGAGGUCCCUCGGCAGUGAAGAUAUUGGCACCUCCAUCAUCGACGUGGGCCUCCUCAGUGGGUUCUCGCCUGUUCGUGACGACCUCGAAAGACUAAUGGACACCAAAGUGAUAGACCUGUACGAACUGACGAAGCGUAGUGUGGUGUUCUACCUCUCGGAGAUUCCUCAUAGACAACACGUCUGCAUCCAGUUCAACUUGACGAGGGAAUAUGUCGUGGGAAAGAUACAGUCCAGUACGGUUCGUGUCUACGACUACUACAAUCCAGAUGUUGCUUGCAGCCGGUUCUAUGGUCCUGACUCAGCGAGUUCCAUGCUGAGGUAUUUCUGCCCGGAAGGAAGCUCUGUGUGCCAGUGCGCAGAAGGAGGAUGCCCCAGCGAUGACCCUAUGAAGCAGUUCGUGGUACAUUCAGGAAGGAAGUUUUUCAAGACCCUGGAACAGAGGGAGAAUAUGCGAGAAUAUGCGUGUGAUAAGGCUGACUAUGUGUGGAAGGGACGAGUUACUGACAUAGUGGAGAAAGAUGGAUUCAAGAAUGUUCAAUUCAUCGUUGAUGCAGUACUGAAGCCAGGACAGGAAGAUAAGGAUGAACUGACCGGACGGACUCGUGUUCUCAAAAUGCGUGACAACUGCAACACGUUUGUUGAAGAUGCCCUAGAAGAAAGAGAGUUGAUCGUGAUGGGAGUUGAAACAGGGCUGAAAGAAGAAACCACCCACGGGAAACAGUUCCAGUACAUCAUUGAUUCUUCUGCCAUAGUGAUACCCGCAGUCGUUCGAAAAGGGGAACAGACAUAUCGCGGUCAAACUGCACUGAUGGUGUGGUUCAAUGCAGAGUUCUCGAAGUCCACGACGCCCUGCUAUCUGUAAGGCACCGAUAGCGCCUGCAAUCUUGUGACUUCGUUGAACAAAUGCGGACACAAGUGCUUAUUUAGCCUUCAACUUCGACAGCUGUAGAGAAAUGAAUUUGUACGAGUGUGCUUCUAUAAGUAACGUUGCAUACUUUAUUUACAGUUAACCAAACGUGACAUAAAAGAGCUUAUCAUUUUUCUA